CCUGCCGCGACAUCUCGACGUCUCCACAUCUCCGACUCCCCUUCGCUCACCGCACCUGCUCAGGACCGUCGUUCCUCGCGUCGGCAGCCAUGUCGACACCGUCUCCAGGUGCUGAGGGUGCUGCCGCUCCACACGCUGCCGCCGACAUCGACAUGGAAGGCACGACCGACAUCCCGCAACGGCUGAUGCGAGUCAAGGUACUAUACACAUUCGACGACCAGAACAAAUCAAAUUGCCUCGCCCGCUUGCCCAACGCGCUGAGCAUCCCGACUGUGUCCUUAGACGAGACGACUCAAAUCGGCGUCAUCGAGCUCAAGACAUGCAUCCAGGCCAUCGUGUCAGCCAGUCCGGAACUCGUUGCCAGGCUCGGCCAUGAUUUCACCGUUUACGCGUACGACUUUUCCGAAUACGAAACGCCCCUUGUUGGGCAAGGCAUGCUAUCAUGGAUCCUUGCCUCUGCCUCGACAACCCCCAAUGCCCCAGCCGAGGAAUCAAAGACCAUGGUGACCGGUCGCGUUUGCAAGAACAUCCUGGGCCUCUUUUCAAACGGUGUCAAGGAGACGCUGGAGGUCAAGCUUAAGCUCGUCCCUGUUCCGACCUGCAUGCAAAGCGAGUACGUGGAAAACAUGGAACGUUAUCACAGCCUGAGCAAGAUCAUGCCCGAAGGAAUGAACUACAAGGAGUGGGCCGAGUUUCUCAAAGCGAACCCAGCCAUCAGUCAACUGGCCCAGCCUGUACAACCGAAUGCCCAAUCAAUGACAGACAGCAUGACCACCAAUGCGAUCGAAUCUUUCAACGAGUUGAUAAGGAACAACUCAUUUCAAGGGCAUCAUCGCCUGUCUUUCGGCGCGCACGACACACGAGCGUCCAGUCCCGCCAUGAGCACGGUUUCUGCGUACCCAUACCAACCCCACCCAGAAUAUCGGCCCGCUUCUCAAGCAUCUUUCCAUAGCGAGUCUGCCGCACAUUCGCCGUACUGGCCGUCCGCUCCCGAGCAUGUUCCAGAACAAACAGAAGAGGGUCCACCUAAGAAGAGGGCUCGAGUGACGAAAGCGAAGAGACCAAAGAAGACAGCUUUAGGUCCCAAUAUCGAGUCGCUGCGGGUUACUGCUAGCACUGCAGCAUCUGUGCGCCUCCACCGUCCAGUACCCUUGAAUGCGAGCACUGCCGUGUCCGCCGAACAAGUACCCCGUGCGCCCACACCACGUCCACGCCAUGCUGGUUCCCUUUCGAUCGGAUCCCGCGUUCCAGCUCCUAGCCUGUUACGGAAUGCGUCAAUGGAAGAGACGCGUCCCUACGUGUCGCCUUAUGACAGCGGCAUCUUCUCGGACAACGCGAUAGAGUCACCUGACGAUGGCAAAGGUGAUAGUCCUUCAGACACUCCUCCAAACAUGCCCUCUUCGCCACCCAUGCUUCCUGAGCACACCGCUUCAUCCGCUCCCUCCAGUCCGGAAUUGCCCAUGCUGCCUCCUCCCCAUGAUUCUGGUUUCGCAAGUGAUAUGACAAGUGUUCACAACGAAGAAGGGAGAAAAGAAUAUGACAACAGUACGCCUGCGGCGGUCCCGGAGGUGCGGACGCGAAAGAAAAGAGACUCUUCGAAACGUGCUUGGUCCGAGAUCCACCCAGGGCCUAGCAAUCUGCUUCCGACCUCUGAAUUACGUCCUGGUCGACUAGGACCCGGCAAGAAGAAGAAUGAACCGGAAUUGUUGCCGAUAGACCCCGAAUUACUGAACCAUUUCUUGAAUCAUUUGGGAACGAGCGAUGGUGUAUCACAGAGUAUCGAAGUUCCCCAAGCCAACCUGGACAUGCCUCCAGGCGAGAUUGGGCCUUCUGGCGAUUCCCAGAUUGGUCCAUCACCGCCAGCAGAUACAACCACAACAUUGUCCUCAAUUCGACAACCGGAUCUUCGUAUCGGGACCCCGAGCCUUCCUAAGCCUCUACCCAAGUCAGCUCGAGGAUUGGCAAGGUCGCAAACAUGGGCUGGUGAGCCUACGUCCGACCCUGCUGGUCCUGAUGAGGCGAGGCCAAAUCUACCACGAAGCGGCUCUGGUGCAACACGACAGACGAAACGACAAACAGAAAGGAUUGAGGAAAAGUUGGAGCAAGCUAUCACCAAAGGCCAAUUGCCCACUUUCUGCAACAACUGUGGCCAGAUCGAGACCCCCGCUUGGAGGCGAGCUCACACACGGGUUGUGAAAGGAACCCCUCGCAAUAUCAAACUGUCAUCGGAAGGCCACGCUAUCGUAGCAUACGAAGUCCUAAAUCCAGCUGACCACGAAGGAGCACCUCACUACCGCAUAUUCAAGAAUGGCUUGAACCCUGACGGGACAGAGGCGGACCUCUUUACCACUCUCACCCUCUGCAACCCUUGCGGAUUAUGGUUAUCGAAGAAGAAUGAAAUGCGGCCACAGGAAGUGUGGGGAAAGAAUCGGGCACAACUGUGUGCAGCCCAGACGAAGAAGCGCAGAAGGAUCAAGAAAACCAAGGUUGAUACCGACCUUUUCACUUCCGAUGCAGUCGUGCCGGAGUCCGACCUCGGCAUGUUCGACUCACAAAUUGAGGCAGAAUCUCUUCCUGCACUGGACGGCACCAAUGACAUCCAGAUGCAGCCCGUUUUGCAAACGCGCUCUGAGAGGCUUGACGAACCUACGGCACGUGCUGCUCUUGAGCGAGCGUUCCAGUCUAGCCCACUUGGCGUACGCAGUGGGAGCAAGGAUACUCCUAUCAGUGUGGAUGGCGAUCUAACACCCAGACCUACGCGCCGGCUACUCUUUCCAUCACCUCGUGGACCUGGCGAGGUGAAGUCGCUCGCAGACAACACCUCGGCAAGCUCAGUGUCCCCACGAUCAAAUUCAUUGAAAACAACAAAAGCUCCCAUGCAUGACCAGAACGUAGCCGUUGAGGACGGGGAUAAGGAGAAUUGUCCACCAACAGCUGGCACCGAAGAUGAUGAUUUGGCACACCUGUUUGAGUCGCCCAAGAUAACUCCUUCCAAGUGCUCAUCUUUGGAAGAUCUUCUGAAGACACCCACACCUGGUUCACGCCAGCGUGUCCCGCUCACACCAAUGCGCUACGUCGAUCUAAGUUUGACAACACCUUCGAGGUCCUCUCGAACCCCUAGAGGCACCGGAAAAAAUGCAACGAUAGCACCAGAAACUCCCUUCACCCGGCAACUGAAUGACUUGCUCUCUGAUAGUAUGAUUUCUGGAUCCCCAUCACAAAACUUUGAUAUGUCCGCUUUCGCGAGUUUUACACCAGGCCGUGGUGGUGUCCUGCACUUUGGCGAUUUCCUGCAGAACGACUCGCUGUCUAGCGAUUUACCGGUACCCAGCAGCUCUCCACCAAAGAGCUUUGACUUCUCCGUCUUCGAAGAUCCGAACACAAGCACAGUUGGCUUAUGGAGUGGUGCAAGCAUCUUCGACGUGAACGACGUAGCAAUGUCCGAUGCGCCUGCUGAUGAGCAGCAGAGCGAUGCGCAGAACGGCAACGCUACCCCGAAAAUACUCACGAUCAAUGGUAUCAGCCUCGAUUUCACUUCGAUGAUCGAAGAGGUGGUAGGGAAUGUGAAUCCUGAAGAGCAGACAUCGAGAGCAACUGUACAGGAGCAAGCUGCAUCUGUUGAGCCACAGCCAGAAACUGUUGCAAAGCCCGCCCAAACGGCUAUACCCGCACCAAUUGAGCCUUUGGAAAGUCGAAUAGAUCUCGUUCCAGCGGCUGCACCUGCGGCUAUACCAGUACCAGCCAAACCCUUGGAAACCCGUCCAGACCUCGUUCCUCCACCAUUCACCCGUGCACCAUUUACUGCGACCGGUGAAUAUGAUGCAAGGCCAAAGCGUCCUUGCCGACGAUGCAAAGAAAAGAAGAAGGGUUGCGAUCGGGGACACCCUUGCGGACGAUGCGUGGGAGCUGGUCUUGAGGAAGAGUGCACUCCUGUCGAGGAUGAGCAACCGAAGACGCCUGCAUUUAGCGUCAAUGCACCCUGGCAGCCGCGACAGCAACCGAUGCAACCAGCCAGGCAACCCAGCAUACCCGUGGAUCCUGCACUUGAGGCCGUUAGGGUACCGGUUGGACCAAAGGCACAUGAAGUAGUCAAGGAAGUCACUGGGCGAAACCCUUCCGUGGUCGAGGACAUGACGGCACAGCCAGUCAGGCAAUCCAGCAUACCUGUAGAUCCUGCACUUGAGGCCGUUACAGGACCGGUUGGCCCGAAGCCAAACGAAGCAAUCGGGGAAUCUGCUGAACGAACUCCUUCCGGGGAUGAGGCUAUGACGGCCGCGGCGCAGUCACCACCGAUAACCAACGACGACAUGGUAGAAGUCUCUGGAUCCGACGUCAAGCAAGAAGCGAUCACCCCUAAAGCCAUGGAUGCCAACAUGGAGAAUGCUCGUGCAGCACAACAGACGCCGGCGGCAGCUUCAGCUCCUACUCCUGACGACUUGAACACGGUGUAAUCACGAUUCUCCACAUAUACCCCUUUUUGUUUUGAACCGCUCUUCUAGUGGUUUGUGUUUGAGUAGUAAUGGGUCGAUGUUCCGCAUUUUGAGCCGACCAAGCGUUUCGUUUUACGGCAUUGA